UAUCCUCGUCCUCUCUUUCAACAGAUCCGCAGUUUCAUCAGCAUGAAGAUCUCGGGACGCACAUUCGUCAUCUCAGGCGGCGCAUCCGGCCUCGGGCGUGCCUGCGUCCGCGACAUCUGCGCCGACGGCGGCAACGCCGUGAUUCUCGACAUGAACGAGGACUUGGGCAACUCCCUAGCCGCCGAGCUCGGGCCAUCAGCCAAGUUCUUCGUCUGCGAUGUCUCCGACACAGAGAGCAUCGCCUCGGCAGUGAAAUCCACCGUCUCUUGGGUGAAAGAGACCGGCAAGCCGCUGGGCGGCAUCAUCCCCGCCGCCGGGGUGGGCCACCCCGGUCUCAUCCUGGACAAGCAGCUCCGCCCCGUGUCGCUCGAGUCAGUCGACUUCGUGCUGUCCAUCAACCUGCGCGGCACGCUCGACCUCGUGCGGCAGCUGCUGCCGCACCUGGCGGCCACCACACCGCAGGGACCGGAUAACGAGCGGGGCGUGGUGGUCAUGGUGGCCAGCGCGGCCGCGUUCGAGGGCCAGAUGGGCCAGGUGGCGUACGCGGCGAGCAAGGGCGCCGUGGCGGCCAUGACGCUGCCCAUGGCGCGGGACCUGUCGCGGUUCGGGAUCCGCGUGGUGACCAUUGCGCCGAGCAUGUUCGAGUCCAACAUGACGGCGGCCCUGUCGGACAAGGUGCGCGAGGGGCUGCAGAAGGCGAUGGAGUUCCCGCGCAGGGCCGGGCAGCCGGAGGAGUUUGCGUCGCUGGUGAGGCAGGCGAUUGAGAAUGUCAUGCUGAACGGGACGGUUAUUCGGUUGGAUGGGGCGACGCGGAUGCCGAGUAAGAUAUAGUGCCUAGUGGAAGGUCUUGGAGAAUCGCGGAACAGGACCUGCAUGUGCAAGUUUUCAUCCGAGGACAGGGGCUACCUGGGGCGGCAAUUGGAACCAACUUGAUGUGACUAAACUUCAUGUAAGGACGCGCUUCUCACCGCGCGACAGUCCCGCCAUGGCCUAAUACAGGCUCUCAACCAAGUCCUCCCCAUUUUCCCACCGCAGGAGAUUCUCAAUCUGCAUAUCGUACCAUGCAUCCAGCGUAGCCCCUUCCACAUAGCCCAUAUGUGGUGUCAGAAGCAC